CCUGCUUCGCAGCACACCGCGUGAUUUUUUUUAAAAUCACCAUUUUAAGCAGCGCUGACGCAUCAGAGGGCUUCAUGACUGGGACAGUGUGUCGGGAUAUGGUCAGUUCCUGAUGGCCCAUGUCUUCCAAAACCAGAUUUCCUGAUAUUGAUUCUGUGUGUAAUCUGGGACAUGGACAGACGGAGCCCAGGAGACAGACAGGCAGACACUAGUAAGACAGUAACCACUGCAUCGUCAUCAUCUGUCGUCACCAUGGCAACACCCAGUUCCAGCGCCCAGCCGCCCUCUACCUCCCUCAGCAUCCUCCCACCAGACAGACAAGCAGUCCAGGUGAUCCAACAUGCCAUGAACAGACCUCAGAGCAUGGCGGCCCAGUACUUGCAUCAGAUGUACGCAGCCCAGCAGCAGCACUUCAUGCUGCAGACAGCAGCCCUGCAGCAGCACCAGCAUCCCGCACAUCUGCAGAGUCUGGCCGCCAUCCAGCAGGCUUCAGUCUGUCAGAGGUCACCUUCUUCUUCUACAGGCAGUUUGGUUCAGGCUGCGGGUGUUUCCCAAAACCCGAUAACUUUACCAGCAUCUCCAGUGACCGCAAGGCUGAUUGGUCGAACUCAGACAUCCACUGCCAGCGCAGCCACAAUAUCUCAGCAGGCCAUGCUUCUAGGAAACAGACCUGCCAGCUGUAACCAAGCUCAGAUGUACCUUCGAACUCAGAUGCUGAUUCUAACUCCUGCAGCCACAGUAGCUGCAAUUCAGUCAGACCUCCCCACUGUGACCUCCUGCUCCUCAUUACCUACCUCCUCUCAGAAUCUGGCUCUGCGUACCCAUUUGCCGGGAGCUCUGGCUACAGCCCACAGCGUCAUCUUAAAGCCUUCCACCGAGUCCCAGGCCCUGCCUGCAGCCACCUCUUUGUCCAAGACUCCAGUCUGUGGGCUGAAGAGCACCCAACUGACUGAUGGCUCAACAGAAACAGCGCCAUCUGAUGCCACCUCGCUGGUGUCAGGACCCCAGAUUAUAACCCCAGCCUACCCUCCAGUGCAAACCCACACUCUAGUCAAGCAGCAGCUGUCCUGUCCAGUAGGCCAGCAGGUGGCGCACCACCAGCUCAUCGUCCAGCAGGCCACAGGAGGGGCUCCCAGCAGCAGACAGUUGCAACCAAUUGCCCUCAGAGUAGCACCCCGAGAUACCCACUCCAAUCCUCUUCCUCUGUCGGUUAAAAGACUAACCGCCUCCAGCACCCACUCACAACUACGAAACGAGCCCCCAGCCCUGUCUUCUUCUUCCUCCCCAUUAGUCACCAGCAUGCUUGCAUCAUCACCUCAGGCUUCAGUCCCAGCUGCUGCCGUUCAGCCUCAGCCACCUCCUCUGGUGGCUGCGCCACAGCGUCGGACCUCAUUCCCACAGAGCCAGCAGCCUCCACCUCCUCCUCCUCCUCUCAUUCUCCCCAGGCUGCCCCAGAACCCCCCGGCCUCCCUUCACAGGGUGUCCCUGCACUCAGUCCGGGCUUUGGCUGUCCAGUCAGGACAGGUACUGCUGACGGAGCGAGAACUGCCUGUGGCGGAGGCUCUGGUCCAGAUGCCCUACCAGAACCUGCCACCUCCUCAAACGGUGGCUGUUGAUCUGAAAGUGCAUCCAGUCAAACACAACGAAACUGCACCCUUGGGGCAAAAGUGCAACGUGAACAGUCAGAGCUCAGAGGAAAGGAAAGAUCCUCCAAGUUCAGAACAAGACGGGACCACUACACCACCCAAAAAAAAAGAUUCAGCAGUGACGGGUUCAUCCUCCAUCACCCCCAGCCACUGGAGGAGUCCUCCAGUGGAGGAGUCCUCCCAGCUCACGACCACUGACAAUAGCGGCAAUAGUGGCACCAACAACCCUCCUCCUCCACCACCUUCUCCUUUACCUCCUCCCCUCCUCCCUGCUUCAGCAAAAGUCCCCAGCCAGCCUCCUUCUGCCCCUGCAAGUCUCCCAGGAAGCCCCACGAGGUCAACCCACGUCCUCACACACCUCGUGGAGGGCUUUGUCAUCAAAGAGGGCCUGGAGCCGUUCCCGGUGGGUCGGUCAUCACUGUUAUCGGAGCAGCAGGCUUCCCUUCCAGAACCCCAGGACGUACCGACCAAUGGGGACGCAGCAGACGACAGUCCUCUGGAUGCUGACCAGUCAGAUUCAUCUGACUCCGAGAUGGAAAAUGAUGGCCCUACAGGAGAAGUUGCAGAGCUCGGGGAGAGUGUGCCAGACGUGUUGCAGUGUGAGUACUGUGGAAGCAGCGGCUACGCUCGCACGUUUCUGCGCUCCAAACGCUUCUGCUCCAUGUCGUGUGUCAGAAGGUUCAGUGUGAGCUGCACCAAGCGUAUCGCGGUGCUGCAUGCAGGUCGCAUGGCUCACAGGCCCGUGGGAAGGAGAGGACGACCCCCCAGCCGAGUCAACGGAGCAUCCAGAGAGCACUUCGUGAUGCAGGUUCACAGGUCAUUUGGCUCCAAAGAGACCCAACAGAGUUCACCGAGAGAGGAAGAUGAGCAUCACGAGGAGGAGGAGGAGGAAGAAGAGGAGGAAGAACCUCCCGUUCCCAUGACGACCAGGCUUCGAAAACAGGCUGAGAGAGCGCAAGAGAGGGUGAGGGAGCAGAGGACAGUAGAAACGAUCAUUGUUUCAGACACAGAAGACGUCGGCUGUCCGUCUCAGUGGAACGUGGAGCAAGUGUUUUCCUACAUCAGCACCCUGCCAGGUGGUGCUGAUGUAGCCGAGGAGUUUCGCUUCCAGGAAAUAGAUGGGCAGGCUCUGCUGCUUCUCACAGAGGAUCACCUGGUCAGCACCAUGAACCUUAAACUGGGACCCGCACUGAAGCUUUGCGCGCACAUCAACUCCCUCAAAGAUGCAUAAACGCGUAACAUUCCUCCUCUUAGUGAAUGUAAAGAAAAGCAAGGAUCUCCUCACCUCUGCAGAGACAAUGAGGAAGUGCUGCUCAUCUUUAAACUGCCUAUUUUUAAACACUGUCACAAAAGAGAGCAGAGCUCGCUGAGUUGAACUGACUACAGUUUAUUUUGUUUUGUGUUUUUUUUAAGACCACUGCCAACUAUUUUUCCGGGUUUUAGCUUUCCAUUACCCAAGGACUCAAAGUCGACUCGCUCUCAGAUGAUUUUACAGUUUUACCUCAGCUGCUCUGGCUCGUUUCUCCUGAUAGUUUCACGUUUACAAGUCUCAGCAGUGCAUAUUUAAGUUUCCUAUAAUCACUCAAAACCAGUUAAACUGCAAAAGGCUAUAUUUGCCAUCUUUUGUAUAUUGAAGGAUUAAAAUGCAAAAUUUUAAUACAUUUAAAUACUUAAACGAAAAAAAGGUACCAUAUAAAAAUCCAACUCUUUGCAGCAAACCAGGCAACAUAAGAAACACACAGGGGAAGGACUUUUUAUACACACAGGGUAAUCAGGGAAGUGGGGACAGCUGGGGAUAUGAUACACAGGUGCAGAGAAGUUAGGUAAUCACUGGGGAGGAGGUAAAACUCAAAGCAACACACAGGAGACCGAAAAACAAUUUUAUUUUAUUUUAUUUUUUGCUGUCAAUAAGUCAAAAUUUGGGAUAUUAUCUUAUUGAAAAUUAUUUUCUCAGAAGUUUGAGUUGAUAGGUUUAAAUUCUGACCUACAGGUGAUUUAAAAAAAAAAAGUUUUGGUUUUGGGUUUUUUUUUUCUCUUUAUUUUUCACCCCAACUUAGCACAGACACCAGAAAACUAAUUUGUUACACAAAAGGAACACGAGUUUAGAAUAAUGAAGAGAAAAUAACACAGGGACACACACAACCUGAAAGUUCUCACCUGGGACAGGAAUCAAAUAGGCACCAAAAGCAGAGAUUCAAAAAUAUAACAAAGGAUCAAACUCACAAUAGAACAUGAAGAAAUCCAAACAUGAACACUGACGUGCUCUAAUGGGCCCUUUCUUCGCUGCCUGGCUCCAUGGAGCCCAAGUGACAUUUGCCAUAGACUAGCAGAAUUGGCAGAUCCACCUGUGCCCUGUGUUUUUCACAAAUGAGAACAUGUUCACCCUGAGCACAUGUCACAGAUCUGAAAACGUCUGGGGAAAUCGUAGAGAGCCUGUAAAAUCGUUCAGCAUGUGUGGUUUGGUGGUGGGUCAGUGAUGGUUGGGGAGAUAUAUCCAGUUUUUGGCCACAAAUUUUAAUUAAACAUCAAAUUCAUUAAACAUUUGCAUCAAAUGCUUUGAUUUGCAAUGUCAAAAGUGAAAAGCUCCCCUGCAUCUUUCUGUAACCUGUUGACUUUCACGUGCUCCGAUAUCUUCCUCUGCACUGACAUGGUGCUCAUUUUCUGUACAUAUCUUCCAAUAUGUUUAGUACUACCGUUACACCUGUGAGCUCAGUGAGAUUUUGACAUUAGACAGAAUAAAACAAACUCCAAGACCAAUAAAUUGUAGUAAAAAUGCCAGAGAUUGUGAACUGUGGGACAUAAAAAGACGUCUCAAAGUAAAUUAAUAUAAAAAAGCCUUCCCAUAAAAAUGGGUUUAAAGGAAGUGGCUGACUCUACUGCCAUGAUUUCCUCAGGCAAGGUUAGCGCCUUUGCCCAAGGACCUCGGGUGCAUAUGGUGCUCAGAGGAUAGAGAUAUAGCCUGGAGCAAGGCCAUGAAGGGCCCUAAAAGUCAUCCAUAAAAUCUGCUCUAAAACAAACUAUGAGCUGGUGUAGAACAGCAAAAAACAGCUAAAACUGGAGUUUCAUUUAGUUCUGAUAAACAGGAGUGAUUUCCCUAAAUGUCCUAAAAUGGUUAAAGAUGUUAACAGACGCUGAGACGGUCAGAUUUCAUUUAUUUUUGAGAUGAGAAGUGAGCCAAAGCAACAAAGAUGAGCAGUUCUUUCUCUCACCGCUUGUCAUUUCGCUGUAGUGAUCGUAGCAGUUCUGACUCGAGUUAUCCAUUUGUUUCAAAAUGGUUUUUACAUGGGUUUUUUUGUACCAUUUGUAGACAAAGAGAACAAAUGAUCAUCAUUACAUCCGACAAACGCGGUACAAUCUCACUGUUUACAAAGCAGAUUAUUGCCUCCUGUCUUCAAGAUGGAAUUUGAUACGUUCACCAUCAGCAAACGGUUGUGCUGACUUAUGAAAGUUUUACUGACUACAAGGUUAUUUAUUGUUAUUUAUUGUUGUCAUAAUUAAUAUACAAAUAAAACAGUU